AUGGGCGUGUACACUCAACUUGACGACUCCAUAAAGGAGGUGGACGUUAUCAUUGCAGGAGGAGGAACCGCUGCCUGUAUUGUCGCCUCGAGGAUCGCCGAGGCCGACCCAAACUUGUCCAUUCUGAUGGUCGAGGGAGGCCCCAACAACCACAAUGAGCCAAGCGUCGUCAACCCGGCAUUCUUCCUACAGCACCUUUUACCUACUAGCAAGACUGCAAUUUUCUACAAGGGCAACAAGUCUGAGCGGCUUGCUGGCCGAGAGCCUAUUGUGCCUUCUGGAGGAAUGCUAGGUGGUGGCUCAUCUAUCAACUUUAUGAUGUACACAAGAGCACAACGGCCUGAUAUUGAUGCCUGGAACACUCCGGGUUGGUCAGCCGAUGAGUUUCUCCCAUUUAUGAACAAGCUCGAAACAUACCUCGGCCCUGGCGACAAGAGCGUCCAUGGUCACGACGGCCCCAUCACAGUAUCCAACAGCACAUUCAGGGCAAGCAAAACAGAAGACGACUUCCUACAGGCCGCAGAGCAGGUGGGCUGGCCAGAAAUAGAAGACCUGCAGGACCUGGAUGCAAACAAUGGCUACCAACGCUGGCUUCGAUAUGUCUCGACUGAUGGCAAGCGUCAAGACACUGCCCACACCUAUCUGCACCCCAAGCUCGGCAGUGGGCGGUACCCGAACCUCCACGUCGUGGUAGAAUCCCAGGUGCACCGAGUUCUCCUUGAAGGGAAGAAGGCAGUUGGCAUCGAGUACCGACGAAACCCUGCUUUCCAGACCACGACCAAUCUAACCCAAACGCCCAUGCGUGUUGUCAAGGCACGCAAGAUGGUGGUGGUCGCUUGCGGCGCCUGCGGAACGCCGCCCGUCUUGGAGAGAUCUGGUGUUGGUAACCCCGAGAUUCUGAAGCGGGCUGGUGUUCCCGUGGUUGAGGAUCUCCCAGGCGUCGGCCACGAUUACCAGGACCACAACCUUGUCCUUUACCCGUAUAAGACGAGCCUCGAGCCCGGCGAGACCAUUGACGGCAUACUCAGUGGCAGAGCCGAUGUUGGCGCCAUGAUUGAAAAGAACGACCCGAUAUUGGGUUGGAACGCUGUCGACAUAUCGGCAAAGCUUCGUCCCACCGAUGAGGAUAUCGCUGCGAUGGGUCCCGAGUUCCAGAGCGCAUGGGACAAGGACUUUAAAGAUGCUCCUUCUCGUCCCUUGAUGUUGAUGGGACUUGUUUCUUGCUUCCUCGGUGACCCUGCGAGCGUGCCAGUGGGCCAAUAUGUCACUGUGGGCAACUACACAGCCUAUCCCUACUCUAGAGGACACAUGCACAUUACCGGCCCGGGACUCGAUGACCCUCUCGACUUCGAGACUGGCUUCUUUAGCGAUGAUCACGAUAUCGACCUGAAGAAACAAUUAUGGGCAUACAAGAAGUCCCGAGAGAUUAUGCGGCGCAUGAAGAACUUCCGCGGCGAGCUUGCCGUUGGUCACCCUCGCUUCCCCGAGGGGUCCAAGGCAGCCGUUGCCGACACGGAUGCGCCUCUCGAAAAUGUACAGAAUAUUGAUUACACACCCGAGGAUGAUGCUGCCAUCGAGCAGUGGCUGCGGGAGAACGUGAACACUACAUGGCACUCGCUGGGCACCUGCAAGAUGGCACCACGCGAUAAGAUGGGUGUUGUUGAUGCGAAUUUGAGUGUGCAUGGAGUCGAGGGCCUCAAGAUUGCCGACCUGAGUAUCCCGCCAGAGAACGUGGGCGCAAAUACCAAUAACACGGCCCUGGCAAUUGGUGAAAAGGCCGCCGAUAUCUUUAUUCGAGAGUUGGGGUUGCGGGCAUGA